AUGUCUCCCGGCGGCCCUGGACAUGUCCAGGAGCCGUCUGCGUCGGCCCUCUACGACCUGUCGCCGUUGAUGGGCUCGCUCUCUAAUGUGCUCGCAGGGACUUCGCACCACACCGGCAACAGGUUGCCCAUCAUUCAGCCUGCAUCGCCGCCGAACAAAGGCGCGCCGCACGCUUCGCCCACCAACAACCGACCCGCCGUCUAUUCCGCAGCCAAGGCACAUGCACAUGCGACUGCCAUUGCCAGCUCUGGGUCCUCAGCAACUGAAUCUAUCUCCGAGUUGACGUCGUCGUCGUCACGGGAUUCCCUCCCCAACCCCCCAGGGCGCAACGGCCCUACCACGCCCCAGAAGCCGGCGCGCAACAACAGGCGGAAACACUCGACCAAGUCCGUGGGCAGAUGGAGUAGGCCGCCCGCCUCUUCAGAUGAUACCGGCUCCGACCGCAAACCGCCCACCUCGACGCCCGUAGAGUCCGCCCAGAGCGCCGCUCGCUCCCCCCAGACUGCGUCCAAGACACGCCAGCAACCCUCUCUUGCUACCACCAGCGCUUUGCCGAGCCAAACGCGAUUCAUGGCAACAACCUUUGGAGGUCCUUCGGGUGAUUCGCGACGGGGAGUAGUCUCUCCUCGCCCUAAGGGACGCGAAGCGAAGAACACCCUAUGUCGCAAUGUCACCAUCUACGGACACUGCCGCUAUGAAAACACCUGUCCCUACAUCCACGACAACCUCAAGUUGGGCCAGAAUGAAAACGCAAAAAAGAGGUUCAAUGUCGACUCUCCUUCCUUUACCCCGCUGCAGGCAAGUACCAAUGGGUCCGUAACUCCAUCCUCUCGCAGCGCCACCAUCUCGCCCAAGGCUGCCAACGCUGCCGUCUUUACCCCUAAAUCGCAACGCUCCACCGUCACCACCCCGCAUAUGCACGCGAAAGAGCCCGCAAUCGAUUGGCAUUCGCAAGACUUUCAAGAGUUCGUCCCGCAGUCUUUUGAGGGCCAGCAGAUGGUCGAAUCCAACCUUGGCUACGAUCCAUUCAGUACUCCGUCCAGCAUCUCUACCCUCACUGGUGCAACUCACCAGGCUGCUACCAUUAAUCCAUAUGCACAAGAUGCAUCGACGACGUAUUUUCAAAAUGCCAAUGCCUUCCAGACCCCUGCCUACCAUCUGUACUGGCCGGUAGGACCACAGCCAACAGGGCUACUCGCAUACCAGCGUACUGCUCAUGACUUUUUCAUCCCUGACGCACUACGGGAAGAGCUGCAGAAGAAGGCGGAUAUUGCACGCCAGGUCGCACCCAACAGUACUUUACCCGUCAUUGAGCAGUUUCACUCUUUAUUCUGCCUGGACAUGUCACCACAGAAAAACACUGCACCUUUCGGGUACGCUAGCUGGAUCUACAAAGCUGUUUCCAGCAAAGAUGGCAAGACCUACGCGUUACGCCGUCUCGAAAAUUUUCGCCUUACAAGUGAGACUGCGAUUCGCUCCGCUCAGCCAUGGAAACGCGUCUUGAACGGCAGCGUGGUUACAAUCCACGAAGCCUUCACCACUCGAGCUUUCGGUGACAGCUCUUUGAUUCUGGUCACAGAUUAUCAUCCAAACUCAAAGUCACUGGCUGAUGAGCAUUUCAAACCAGUGCAGCGAUUCCACGGCAGGCAGCCAGCAUCAUCACAUGUACCAGAGCAAGUCCUAUGGGGCUAUAUCGUUCAGAUCGCGUCAGCCCUCAAAGCCAUACACGGUUCGGGUCUGGCAGCGCGCCUCAUCACACCAUCCAAGAUACUACUGACUUCGAAAAACCGGAUACGACUGAAUGCAUGCAGUAUCAUGGACAUUGUUCAAUUCGACAAUGCUCGCCCUGUGCCCGAACUUCAAGCAGACGAUCUGGUGCAGCUGGGACGGCUGAUACUUUGCAUUGCCAACAAUAACGCUACAGCUCAUUUGCAGAUGCAAAAGUCCAUGGACUAUAUCACUAGAAGUUAUACAGCCCGCCUUAAAGAGUGCGUGCAAUGGUUGCUCAACCCCCAACCGGCACCAGGAACACCAUCUUCUCCAACUACGCCAGCACCAAUGCAGAAAGACAUUGACACCUUCCUGGGUGGCAUUGCCGAUCAAUUCGCAUCGGUCUUUGACAGUGAGCUACACGCUCAGGACACACUUACAGUCAAUCUUGGGAAAGAGCUGGAAUCUUCGAGACUGGUCCGUCUGCUUGUCAAGCUCAACAUGAUUAAUGAGCGACCAGAGCUAGACGCCUCACAGAGUAUGCCGGGCAACAACGGCCCAAACCCAUCUUCAGUAUGGGCAGAAACGGGAGAGCGCUACUACCUCAAGUUGUUCCGCGACUACGUCUUCCACCAGGUAGACGCCAACGGACACCCCGUCACAGACCUUGCGCAUGUUUUGGAUUGCUUGAACAAGCUAGACGCCGGAACCGAUGAGAAGAUACCGCUCGUUAGCCGCGACGAGCAAAAUGUGCUGAUAGUCAGCUACCGCGAAGUGAAGCGAGCCCUGGAAUCAGCAUUCCAAGAUUUAGUACGGGCGGGACGUGUUUCGGGGAAAUAG